AUGGCUGUCCGAGCACAAUUCGAGAAUUCCAACGAGGUUGGCGUCUUUGCGACAUUAACAAACUCAUUUGCCCUCGUGGCGGUCGGCGGGAGCGAGAACUUCUACAGCGUGUUCGAGGCCGAGCUACAGGACGUGAUCCCCAUCUGCAGGACAACAAUUGCGGGCAUGCGCAUCGUUGGGCGGUUAACAGCUGGUAACCGGAAAGGCCUGCUCGUCCCCACCACCACAACCGACCAGGAGCUGCAGCAUCUACGCAAUAGUUUGCCGGACGAAAUCAAAAUCCAGCGCAUCGAGGAGAGGCUGUCGGCGCUGGGCAACGUGAUCGUGACCAACGACCACACGGCGCUGGUACACCCAGACCUGGAGCGCGAGACGGAGGAAAUCAUCGCCGACGUGUUGGGGGUGGAGGUGUUCCGGCAGACGGUAGCGGACCACGUGCUGGUGGGCUCGUACAUGGCGCUCAGCAACCGGGGCGGGCUCGUGCAUCCCAAGACCAGCAUCCAGGACCAGGACGAGCUCAGCAGCCUGCUGCAGGUGCCGCUCGUCGCGGGCAGCGUGAACCGCGGGAGCAACGUCAUUGGCGGCGGCAUGGUGGUCAACGAUUGGAUGUCGGUCACCGGGCUCGACACCACCGCGACCGAGCUCAGCGUCAUCGAGAGCGUCUUCCAUCUCGGCGAGGGCGCCGCGCCCGGGAACGUCAAUACCACCAUUAAGGACACGAUAGUGGAGUCGUUUUACUGA